CGGGCACCGGCGCCAUUUUCUUCUCAUUCAAUCCCAAGGCGGCGGUUUCUCGUGGCCGGGAGCUCAGGGACACCGCGGCGGCUUAACGCGGAGAGAUCGCGCCUGAGUGUCGAGUCGAUUGAGCAGAGCGGCCUUUUUGUGAGGAGAUAGAUUCUUGCCGCUUGUAGCCAUGGCAGCCACUCCGGUCUCCCAGAAGAGUCGGGCCAGCGCGGCCCACACGCCCCUCAGCCCGACCCGCAUCAGCCGCCUGCAGGAGAAAGAGGAGCUGACGAACCUGAACGACCGUCUGGCCGUCUACAUCGACAAGGUGCGCUCGCUGGAGGCCGAGAACAGCGUCCUGCAGCUCAAGAUCUCCGAGAAGGAGGAGGUGACCACCCGCGAGCUGACCGGCAUCAAGUCUAUGUACGAGACGGAGCUGGCGGACACCAGGAAGCUGCUGGACGAGACCGCGCGGGACAAGGCCAAGCUGCAGAUCGAGCUCGGCAAAACCAAGGCUGAGCUGGAGGAGCUGAGCAAAGGUUACAAGAAGAAAGAGAGUGACUUGAUUACAACUCAGACUCGGUUGAAAGAAUUUGAAGCAACGUAUCAUAAAAAUGAGGCUGCACUCAACACCGCACUCGCUGAAAAGCGAAGCCUGGAGGCACAGGUUGCUGAUCUGCGAGCACAGCUUGCUAAGGCUGAAAGUUCGCUAGCUGCUGCCAAAAAGCAGCUGGAGAAAGAAACUUUGCUGCGAGUUGACCUUGAAAACCAGUGUCAAAGUCUGACCGAGGAGCUGACUUUCAGGAAAAAUGUGUUUGAAGAGGAAGUCCGUGAGACUAGGAAACGGCACGAGCGGCGUGUGGUGGAAGUGGACACCGGCCGGCAGAUCGACUAUGAUUCCAAACUGACAGAAGCUCUGCAAGACCUGAGGAAGCAGCACGAGGAGCAGGUCAAACAGUACAAGGACGAUUUGGAACAGACCUUCCAGGCCAAGCUGGAAAAUGCCAAGAUCGCAUCUGAUAGAAACGACAAGGCUGUUGGCACUGCCCGGGAGGAGCUGCAGGAGGCACGCGUUAGGAUUGAGAGUCUCAGCUAUCAGCUCUCAACCCUGCAGAAGCAGGCUACCGCUUCAGAAGCUCGAGUCAGGGAGUUGGAGGAAAUGCUUUCCAAUGAUCGGGAUAAAUACCGCAAGAUGCUAGAGGGCCGAGACCGGGAGAUGGCGGAGUUGAGGGACCGGAUGGAGCAGCAGCUAGAAGAGUACGAGGACCUCCUGGAUGUUAAAUUGGCCCUUGAUAUGGAGAUCAACGCCUACCGCAAGCUGCUGGAGGGAGAGGAGGAGAGGUUGAAGCUAUCUCCCAGCCACUCUUCACGGGUGACUGUGUCUCGUGCCACAUCCAGCCGAGCGGUGCACACCUCCCGCACAAAGAGAAAGCGAGUGGGACAGGAGGGGAGCAGAGAGACCAGGAGCAGUAACAUCCAACAGACCCAUUCAACCAAGGGAUUGAUCAGCAUUGAGCCAACUGACCUGGAGGGGAAGUUUGUUGGCCUCAAGAACAAUUCUGAGAAGGAUCAGCCACUGGGAUCCUGGAGACUGAAGAGGCAGAUUGGGGAUGGAGAGGAAAUUGUGUACAAGUUCACUCCCAAGUACACUCUGAAGGCUGGACAGGAAGUCAAGAUCUGGAGUGCUGAUGCUGGCAAAGCUCACAGCCCCCCCACUGACCUGCUGUGGAAGAACCAGGUUUGGGGCACUGGGGAAGAUAUCAAGACCAUCCUCGUCAACUCUGAUGGAGAAGAAAUUGCAGUAAGAUGUCUCCGGAAGAUUUAUCAGGAAGAUGUGGAGGAAGAGGCUGAGUUUGGGGAUGAAGAUCUCUUUCACCAGCAGGGCGAUCCGAGGACAACGUCACGUGGAUGCGCCGUCAUGUGAUCAACCUCCUGCCGGAUGUUUUUAAAUUUAAUUCUGAGUUCCUUAUUUUAUCCAGAGCCACUGAUAAAUAUUUUUGUACAAUUUUUUUGUUUUCUUUUUAACAGUUGGAUCCAUUUUGGUACUUUUUAAAAAAAAAACACAAAAAAAGUUUUCAUUUCAUAAACCUGAGUUCUGAAAAGGCUUUAAAAUCGCCUUUUGACAAACUAUAUUGAGACCUGAAAUUAGAAGUGGGGGGAUUACCACACACGGGGGGAGCUUUUUGUACUUGUAUGGCUCCCUUGUGACAAUUGGGAUUAGAAUUCAACAGACAGCAGGUUUAGCUGUGGUGAUGCUCUGUGGGGCUGUGUUAAUCAGAAUUUGGUUAUCCUGCAGUUUUUCAAACCCAAAGGGUUGUUGUAAAAACUCCACCAAAUUGGUGUAAACCUAGUGCCCAAACAGAGCUAGCAUUAUUGGGACUAAAGCGCUCUUGGCAAAAGCUCCUGAGUUACAAAUGGGAGAGUUUGUGCUGAACAGAAAUCUCAGGUGUCUUUUUGUUUUAAUUUACAGAAAUUGUUCUAAACACUGCGUACUGUGACACUGCAGCAUUCUAGCCUGAGUCUCUGCAAGGGUUUAGGGGGGUUGUUAAAACGGAGACCCAAAUUUGCGUGAAAAUCAACUAAUUACACCGGAAGUUUGAGAUGAAUUCCUGUGGAUUGCUGCACACAGAGCCCUAAUAUUAAGAUUGUUAAUUUGUUCUAACUACUCUGCAUAAUUGAAACUGUUGUAGAGAUCAGCAUUGUACUGUUAACAUAAUGUCUAGCUUUACCUGUUUGGGUGCUAGUCUCAGCACAAUCUGAGGCCAUUGUGUUUUACUGAUUGGUAUAUGAAAUAUUUGGACGGUGGCUUAUGGAAGUUAUGAUUUUUGCUAAUCACUGAUGCCUGUUUAGUGCUUUGACUGCGAUUUUAGUAGAAGUUUUAUUUAGUGGCUUUGUUAGAAUGACCUUUGCUGAAGAGAAUGAGAGGGUUCAAAAGAAGUUUCACAACAACAGGACUGAAUUUUGGCUUAAAAGUUGAAUUGAAAAGGAUAGUACAAUUUACCAGUGGCUGAAGGAAUGUCUGAGGUGUCUGUUCAGAGUGACCUUAGCUGGUAUCUGAUGGACCAUUAGUCCUGGCCUAUAAUUGUAAAGUGACCAAAUGUGUGCAGCACCGACCGGGCAACUCUAAUGUUGGGGAAUUAAUCCUGAAUUGGAAUGUGUUCUUCAAACUGCUGCCUUUAACCCAGUGCAUUGCUUUACUAUGAGGUCUCUAUAUAUAAAAUCUUAAGCAAUAACACACUUAAAAAAAAAAAGUGAGAUUCCCUCCAACCACUGACCUGGGUGGGGAUUGGGAGGCAACGUAUUGGAAAAGCGAUCAUGUGGGAGAUUCUGGUUUACACUCUGUGUACCUGUAUGUUGGAGUUUCUUAAGAAAAAAUGAAUGCCAAUCAGUCUUAACAAUGUUAAGGUUUUUCCCACCCUACUUUGUGAUCAUGUAUACGUAUAUAGUAAAAUAAUUAUACUUGUAUUUCAUUUAAACUCUAAAAUGUUGUUUCUCAGAUGGUCCUUUCUUUAUUUCCCCAAGUGGAGCUUUGUGCUGAGGACCAGUCAGUGAUGAAGGAGGACUAGACCGUUUGGAAGCAAUGAUUCUAUUUGAGUGAAAUGGUCCUUUCUGUAGCUCUGUGUUUGUGCAGUUGGGAUGAUGUAGAAUUGUAAGUGUUUGUGUAACUAGGGGUGAUGAACCAUUGAGCAGAACUGGUGAGAAAGGCUUUGUGCCUGAGAAACAUCAUUUUUAAUUUGCUUUUAUAUCGAUUUUCAUUUUAACCAAUAGAUUAACGGAUGAUUUUUAUAUAUUACAAAAAUCAUGUGCAAACUGACUGUUUUUCUUGAAAUGAUAACGUCUAACUUACCGGGGAAAUCACAAUUCAUUCCUGUGACUUGAGUGGAACUUUUAAAGGCUCGGCUGCAAGGUUUUCUGGUGUUUUCCUUGUAAAAUCAAACAUCAAUUUUAGCCUGAAUCUGCAGGGGUCUUUUUUUAAAGGAAGAAAAUCUGCAAAACAAUUAUGAGUUUGAUUUCUGUGUAUAUUUCAAUUGAAUUCUGAAUGUUGGUUCAAAAAAAUUAAAUUAAUUUCCCUUCUCAAUCAU